GGGAGUUGGCUCUGCCUGCCUCCCUCUCUUUUGUUUUGUAGUUUGUGUGUGUAUAUAUAUAUACAUGCACAGAGAUUCAUGGCCUGAGAUAGCGGCUUUUUCUCUCUAAAGUCUUAAUAUCUGAGUAGAAAAUGGGAAGAGCUGAACAUUCAUCAUCUUCUUCAAUAGAUAGCAGCAGCCAUCCUGAUCUUCUUCUUCCUGUGCCUGCUGGCUCAUCAUCUUCUUCCUCUCUUUCUCAGAAAAUCAAUGGCAAUUAUGGUAACAGUCAUAUCAACACAAGAACAGAUUUGGGCACUGAUCUAAGACUUGGCCUUAGCAUCUCCCCCUCUCGUCACAAUGACUUGUCUUCCACUUCAACCCCAGGGGAGGAAGCACUGAUAAAUUGGCCACCAAUCAAAUCUGUCUUGAGGAGCAGACUUGCAGGAAAAGCAGACCAUCCCUCCUUAUUUGUGAAGGUCUACAUGGAAGGCAUUCCAAUUGGUAGAAAACUGAAUCUGUUUGCACAUGAUGGCUAUGCUGCUUUGAUUGCAACUCUUAGCCUCAUGUUCAAGGCCACCAUUCUAUGUCCUGAGGAAAAUCAUGUUCAUUCAGACAAAUAUCAAGUGCUGACUUAUGAAGAUCAAGAAGGAGAUUGGAUGCUGGUUGGAGAUGUGCCUUGGGAGAUAUUCUUGACAACUGUGAAAAGAUUGAAGAUCACCAGAGCAGACAGAGUUAGUUAAUUUUUUUUUGGUCAUCUCAGACUCAGUUAGUAGAUAUACUCUGCCCCGAUACAGUUUUGUCUUAGUGGUGGUUCAUAACUACAUACUCAAAAGAAAUUCAGAUUAAUACAUAGUUUGGGGCUGCAUCCAAUAUUCUGUACAUUAUCAAAUAUAAUAACAGUUGUAUUUGUAGACGUUUUUUUU